AUGACCGCCGAGUGUUCCUCUGCUUUCACUGUUGAGAGAUUAGCUGACAAGUAUUUCGACCUGCUCACAACGACAUUGAUUUCAUGCAGUGAAGCCCACAGAAAACCGGACACUAUGCUACUCCGCCAGCCUAUAGUCCUACUGUUUGCAAUUUUGGCGAUUCCUGCAAGGGUUCUAUCCCGCAAAGGCGGCGGCGACUCUAGCAGCGACUCUGGAAGCGACAGCGGGACCAGCAGUGACGACUCCUCAACCAGCGGCGGCACUUAUGUCUGCUCUGAUGACCACAAACUUACAACCACCGGCCUCCAGCCGUCUUAUUAUAGCAAUUACACACUUGUUGCUGGCAACCCUGGAGCGUACACAGAAUGGAACGGACUUUACUUCCAAGGAGAAGCUUCCUUUGACUACGUGAUUCGCGAUCUACCGACCAACAACACCUACCGUGGAACAAAUUGUCCUAAGGACCAUCGCUCAAUUCGCAUGUUAGGUAUUGCAUGGGUCGGGCCAAGAACGCCUACUCCAUCAAACCUUCACAAUCCCUUUACAUUGGGCUUCCAGGCCUGGCAAUCCGAUAAUACUAUCGCCAACAUUACCUAUUCCUACAGCUCCUGCGAUACGGAUGUGAAUCUCGUUCAGCUCAAGACAACUGUCGACUGGAGGGAGUACGUCCACGAGACGAAUAAGAAUGUCGAAGGAGCCAUAGAUGCCGUGGUUCUUAAUGUCACUCAGGCCGGUAAUAAUGACCAUGAGGUCCAAUUUGAAGGGCUGUACGAUGUGUCCAGUCUGAGGUCGACCCAGACAAUCUUCGCGAGUGACGGCACGCAUAACGACCAGAUCCACAUCCCUGCGGAAACGUGCAGAAUGAUGGGGGAUAUAUUAAUCGGAUGGCCAUCGGGGACUAAAAUCAACGGAACAAUGACCAAUAACACGCUCACACUAUCCAUCUCGGGGACGACAAUCGCUGCUUUCGGCGACCUAUACGGAUCUCAUGACGAGCAGGUGAACGUAACUUUCAGCAUUGGCUUUAUAGGCACUUACGACUCCGCCAACUCGUCGCAGGUUCUCCAAGUCGGAGCGAGCAAUCAGUCGCUAGUGAGCUUUGAGAAGGCAACCGGGGGUGCUAUAGCCUGGGCACCUCCGCGACGGCUGCUCAUAUUGUCAUUAGCUAUAGCCAUCGAAAUGAUAUUUAUCUAG